GCGUCUUUCUCUGUUUGAUAUCGGUUCACUUGGUUUUAAACCAUGGGUCGAGUAAUUCGUGCUCAGCGUAAGGGAGCUGGGUCUGUCUUCAGAUCCCACACAAAAAGGAGAAAGGGAGCACCUAAACUUCGUUCCCUAGAUUUCUCUGAAAGGCAUGGGUACAUCAAGGGUGUUGUGAAGGAUAUUCUUCAUGACCCUGGUCGUGGAGCACCUUUAGCUAUUGUUCAUUUCCGUGACCCAUACAAGUUUAAGACAAGGAAAGAAUUAUUUAUUGCACCUGAGGGAAUGUACACUGGACAGUUCCUGUACUGUGGAAAGAAAGCAAAUCUUCAGAUUGGAAAUGUGAUGCCUGUUGGUCAAAUGCCUGAGGGUACCAUUGUUUGUAAUUUGGAGGAAAAAACUGGUGACAGAGGCCGAUUGGCCAGAGCAUCUGGAAACUAUGCCACAGUUAUUGCGCAUAAUCCUGAUACAAAGAAAACCAGAGUGAAGUUGCCAUCUGGUGCUAAGAAAGUUAUUCCAUCCAACAACAGAGCAAUGGUUGGCAUUGUCGCUGGUGGUGGACGUAUUGACAAACCCAUUCUUAAAGCUGGUCGUGCUUAUCAUAAGUACAAGGCAAAGAGGAACUGCUGGCCAAAGGUUCGUGGUGUUGCUAUGAAUCCAGUUGAGCAUCCUCACGGUGGUGGUAACCAUCAACAUAUUGGUAAAGCAUCCACGGUUAAACGUGGAACUAGCGCUGGUCGUAAGAUUGGUCUUAUUGCUGCGCGUCGUACCGGAAGAAUCAGAGGAGGAAAAACCGAUACCAAGAAGGACGAUUAGAUUAAACGUUGAUUAAAUUUUGGAACAUAUAAAAUAAAAAUACUAAAAAAAAACGUUA